AACAAAAGUUACAAAAUCCCAGAGCUAAAUCUAAAACUCUCUCCACUCAUAGAAAAAGAAAGAGGUAGAGAGAGAAGGGAAUAAAGGCUUUUCUUCUCUUCUCUUCUGCAAGAAUCUCUUUCAUUUCUUUUCUUUUCUUUUGCGUCGAAAAAUGGCGUUCAAUACAGCUUGAAAAGCACAGAGACAAUUUAGAAACAUGGGAGGUAGUGUAGAGAGAGAAAGAGAGAGAAAUUGUCGGUUUGUGGAAUCAGAAUGACCUCGAUUAGUUUCUAUCUCUAGACUGUGGUUCUCUGUUUCUGUAACCCGUGUCAAUAACUUGUCUUCGUGUCCAUUCUUGCUCACUCUUUGAAAAAAGUCUCCGUGUUUAACUUACAUUCAGGCUUUGCUCAUUACAAGGAUAUAAAUUUAUGGACUUGAAACAAAGAAAAGAAAAAAUGUAUGCAUGAAAUUUUGGGGAUUAAACUGGGGAAAAAAAAGAAGCUGGGAUUUAUCCUAUUUCAGGCCCAUACACCAGAGAGAGUUCUGAAGUCAGAGUUUGAUUAUUUCUGCUCCUAGAGAGACUAGAAGACAGUUACCUUUUUAUUGAUUAAUAUAAUAUAGAAGCAAAUCAACCUUCCAAGCUAUUCGAUUCGGUAUUUGUUUUUUUCCAUUAGCCAGUCAUAGUUUGUGCUGAUGGCAAAAGCAUUUAGCCCUUCAGCUUUAAUUGUUCUGGCUGUUACUUCAGUUUUAAUCUGUCACUCAAAGCAACUACAAUCAUCCCAAGCACAGACCCUUUUGAGAAUUCAAGGCCUUUUGAACUUCCCAGCUGUGUUAAGCAACUGGACCGAGGACACAGAUUUCUGCAACACUGAACCAAGUUCGUCUGUGACGGUUGUGUGUUAUGAAGAAAGCAUAACCCAAUUGCAUAUUAUUGGGAACAAGAAGAUUCCUCCAUUACCGCGGAACUUCUCCAUUGAUUCUUUCGUGACAACACUCGUUAGGCUUCCAAGCUUGAAAGUCCUCACAUUGGUUUCUCUUGGUCUAUGGGGGCCAUUGCCUGCUAAAAUUUCACGUUUAUCAACACUGGAAAUAUUUAACAUAAGUUCGAAUUUCCUUUAUGGUGCCAUUCCACAUGAGAUCUCAUCUUUGACAAACCUCCAGACAUUCAUACUUGAUGACAACAUGUUCAUUGGCCGAUUUCCAGAUUGGCUAAGUUCACUUUCAGAAUUGACUGUCUUGUGUUUGAAGAAGAAUUUGUUAAAUGGAUCUUUGCCAGAUUCACUAGGAAGUUUGGAAAAUCUCAGGAUUCUCUCGCUGUCACAUAACCAUUUUACUGGUGAAGUUCCUGAUCUUAGCAGUUUGACAAACCUUCAAGUGCUGGACUUGGAAGAUAACUUGCUUGGACCUCAAUUUCCUCAGCUUGGUAAUAAAGUAGAUACUCUUAUUCUGAGAAAGAACAAGUUCAACUCUGGCAUUCCUGUUGAAGUGAGCUCCUAUUACCAACUGCAACGACUAGAUAUUUCUUUGAAUAGAUUUGUGGGACCAUUUCCACCAUCAUUGUUAGCCUUGCCAUCAAUUACUUAUCUGAAUAUUGCGGGAAAUAGAUUCACUGGGAAGCUCUUUGAAAAUCUGUCUUGCAAUGCUGAACUUGAAUUUGUGGAUUUGUCCUCAAAUCUUUUGACUGGAAACUUGCCCAGCUGUCUUCUGUCUGAUUCCAAGAACAGGGUUGUCCUUUAUGCUAGGAAUUGUUUAUCAUCUGAAGAUAGAACUCAACAUCCAUUUUCUUUUUGCCGAAAUGAAGCUUUGGCUGUGGGAAUCCUACCUCACCACCAGAAGCCAAAACAUGCUUCCAAAGUAGUUCUUGGCUUAAGCAUAACUGGAGGAAUUGUUGGAGGAAUUGCACUUGUUGGUCUAGCUUUCAUGAUUGUUAGAAGAGUUCACGACAAAAAGAAAAUGAAAGCACCUCCGACAAGAUCAAUAACAGAAAAUGCAUCAACAGGGUACACCUCAAAGUUGCUUUCUGAUGCAAGGUAUAUAUCGCAAGCAAUCAAGCUAGGAGCACUUGGCCUUCCAGCUUAUAGAACCUUCUCAUUGGAAGAGCUUGAGAAGGCAACAAAUAACUUUGAUACAUCAACUUUCAUGGGUGAAGGUUCUCAUGGUCAGAUGUACAGAGGUGAAUUGAAGAAUGGUUCCCUUGUCACUAUUCGAUGCCUGAAAAUGAGCAGAAGCCACAGCACUCAAAACUUUAUGCAACACAUAGAAUUGAUCUCAAAACUCAGACAUCGCCAUUUGGUCAGUUCUCUUGGACACUGCUUCGAAUGCUAUUUGGAUGAUUCAAGUGUCAGCAGAAUAUUUCUCGUCUUCGAAUAUGUACCAAAUGGGACUCUAAGGGGCUGGAUAUCUGAGAGACACCCCAGACAAAAACUUACUUGGACACAACGCAUAGCGGCUGCUAUAGGGAUAGCAAAGGGUAUCCAAUUUCUGCAUACAGGAAUUGUGCCGGGUGUUUUUUCAAAUAAUUUGAAAAUAACAGAUGUUUUAUUGGAUCAGAACCUUGUGGCAAAAAUUAGCAGUUAUAAUCUGCCUUUGUUAGCCGAAAAUAUGGGAAAGGUUGGUACCGAGUCGUCUUCUGGUGGAUCCAAGGAUCUUAACAACACGAGGUCAAAACAUAUGGAUAAGAGUGAUAUCUAUGACUUUGGAAUAAUAUUACUUGAAGUCAUUGUGGGGAGGUCAUUCAAUUCCAAGAAUGAAGUGGAUAUUCUCAUAGAUCAGCUACAAGCAAGCAUAACAGCAGGGGAUGCAGCCCGAAGGAGCAUGGUUGAUUCAGCAGUUCAUAAUGCAUUCUCGGAUGAAUCAUUGAAGACAAUGAUGGAAGUCUGCAUCAAGUGUCUGCUUAAGAAUCCGGCUGAUAGACCUUCUGUCGAGGACGUGCUGUGGAACUUGCAGUUUGCUGCUCAGGUUCAGGAUGCAUGGCGGACAGACUCUCAAAGUAGUGAUGGAUCUCCGGUCUCAACUUUCAGUUCUCGGCGCAUACAGCUUACCAUCAAAUAGCAACAGCUCACCAUCCAACAGCAACAGUAUUAAGGCACCGAUAUGUGGGUGCUUAACGUUUGCUUUUCAAGAACCAUUUCUGAGAUUUACUUUUCUGUGUUUUCUCAGUUAUUCUUGCAUGUCAUUACAAAACCAUGGCUUCGUGAUGUACAUUCAUAUGCACGUACUUGUGCGUAUGUAUGAUGUAAAUUAUGGAAUCCUUUUGGAAUCGAGACGGUAAAAUUUUUGAAUGCUGUUAACACAUUGAAACUAGAAGUCACUCAAUUACAAACCAUUUUCUUCA